UUGAUUUUGAAGUUGAACAAAUUUUGAGGAUAUUGACUGAGAAAUGAGUUUUUUCACUAUUACGGGUUCUGAAGAGAAGAGUAAAAAGAAAUGAAGCACUAAGCAAGUGCAGGAUAAGCAGAGAGAUCAGGAUAGAGUGCUUCAAAGACCAAGAUCCUUUUUCUCUGGAUCUCAAAGAGGGAUUCUAAAGUCAUCGACUAAUGCUUAUUAUAACUCAUCGCCAGUAAAGACUUCCAAAAAGAGCUCAGCAGGAGCCUUUAGACUCCUUGAUAGCGGUGACGCAAAAGGAAUUAAGAAUGAUUCAUUCAGUUUCUUUGGAAGCCUUAGCCAGAGGCGAAGAAAGAUCACAAAAUCUAUUAAAGAUAAGCUAACUAAUUCAGCAGAGAAGGAAAAUAGACUUGAAAUAGGGCAUUAUGAAAAAAUUCGCCAGAGUGCGAUUGAAGAUAGCAUAAAUAAUAAGCUUUUUGAAAAUUCGCUUGAUAAUUACGAAAGUCUAAAUGAGUGUAAUGGCAACUCUGAAAGCAACCAAGAAUACGAAGAAGGAUGCUACCAAGAGUAUUCAGAGGGCACCCUUGGUUCCUAUAGUGGAGCCUCCAAAGACCAAGCUAAAGAAGUCAGGCAGAACUCUAUUCCAGAAAAUAUUUAACAGACCACUUGAGACAGAGCCGACUUCUGAUCAACCAGAAAACUCAGAAGAAGAGCGUCAGAUGAAAGAGGCUCUGCAAAACAUUUCAGUCAUGAAAAAGGAAAAGCAAAGAGCACAAGAAAUCAAAGAGAAAUUCAAAGCUGCUAAGGAUCGUAAGAAGAAACAGGAAGAAGCAAAGCUUACCCUGAAGCAGCAGGAUGAAGCUGAUAAGAAAGCCCAAAAAGAUCUCCAGGAUAAGAGAGAUAAGCUAAUUUAUGGUAGGACUGGUAAAGCUACCUCAUCUAUGACUUUCCCCAAGGUUGAGGCUUUACUUAACCCGACCUUAGAAAGUCUGGGAAAGGGUAAAUCUAGCAGCCAAGAAGGUAAUUCUAAAGCAGAAGAAGGGACUAAAAUGAAUAAUUAUAACAGUGAACAGCCUGAGAAUCCAAAAGUUGUAAACAAGAUCAUUAGCACUCAAGGCUUUGAAAAGAAAAUGACUAAGGUCAUGUUCAAAAAGUCAGUCUCUCCUGAUGAAUUUCUGAAGAAGAUUACAUCUACACAAAUCUUCAAAUAUGGGCAGCAAGAAAAUCUCGAUGAGUUCUCCAUCUUACCAGAAUCCUUCAAGGAUUAUCAGGAUUAUCAUAAAAAUUGGAUGCCUCUGUUUGAAUAUGAAUCAUAUUGCCAGCUGACUAAUCUUAGGAAAGAAGGGUCUAAAUGUAAAGUUGCCAGUUAUGGGUGGCUAGCGAAACUAACUUUCACCCAUGCUGACAAGUUUAUCACUUUCAGAAUGGACAAACCCAUAAAUGACCAGUACCAUUUUGAUGCAAGAAAUCAUCAAUGAUUCAUAAAAUCAGAGCCUGACGGGAACAGAGGUGAUCAAAUAACAGGAAGAUGUAGACUACAUUGGGAACAAAUAGCAGAUUCUCUCAGAGAAAACGACCUAGUCUUGUUCUCAAAAUACAAACUGACAGGAGUAUAUGAUCUAUUUGACACUUCCACAGAUGAGAAAGGUAGAAGAUUACUCCAGACAGUUCUACCAAAAUACGGAACCUUCCUUGCAAUGGUGGUUAGAAGGCGAAAAUUAAAAGAAACUUUUGUGACCAUGAAAACUGAUAGGCUGUACAAAGAAGACUUGGUAAAAAUCAUUUGUCCUGAGAAGAACUCGAUGCCUUUAUUCUACUGUUAUUUCCUGACCAGCUUGUCCACGAUCCUAAGAGAAUAUAAAGCUUUACAUGCCCUAGAGCAUAGCUCUUAUCUCAAAAUGGUUCUUGACCCAGCAAGAGUUCUUUCUGAGAGAGAAAUUAUGAAAGAAGAGUCUGACCAGAACAACAAAGAAAUGGAAUUAUUCUUGCACAAGAACGGAGAAUAUUUUAACGGGUCUCAGUUAGCUGCCCUCAAAGAAGUAGCUUCCAUGCGUAAAAGAGAUGUCCUACUGAUUCAAGGACCGCCUGGAACAGGUAAAACACAGACUGUUCAUGGAAUCCUUAGUAUGAUUCUUGGCAAGAAGAAGGAAUGAGAAAACAAGAUCCUUGUGUGAGCCCCCUCAAACGCAGCUGUUGAUGAAAUCGUCCUCAGAUGUGUCAACAAAGGAUUGAUCAGCCAUUCAGGCAAGAAGAGAAAAUGCAGCAUUGUAAGAAUUGGUGUAUUAGACUAUAAUCCUCCUGAGAAAGUCAGACAAUACUCACUUGAUGAGCUAGUCAAGCUGAAGAUGAAGCAAUCUUCUUAUAAAGUAACUGCUCAGAUGGAAGAUAAGCUCAAAUCCAAAAUUUCUACAUUAGGCGCUUGCAUCACUCGAUUUGAAAAAGGUCAGAGACUUGACACUCCAUACGAAGAUUUCAAGAAACAAGAGAAAGAGUGUAUGAAGAGAUUGUACAAAAUCAUGUCUGCAAGUAUGAAAGAAGAAUUUGAACAAACAAAUCUGUAUCAAAGACGGCUACAAAUCCUGGCUAACAUGAAACUUAAGAGUGAACAAGAUAUGAAAGAACUGAAGAAUAAAAACAGUUCAGAAACUAGUAGGAGGAUUAACAGUGAGAAAGAAAUCCUUACUGAAGUCAAAAUAAUCUGUACUACACUGUCUAUGUCUGGGAUAGAUAAGAUAGAAAAGAUGGACUUUUGUUUUUCUCAUUUGAUCAUAGAUGAAGCAUGCCAAUGUACAGAGAUAUCUGCUCUGAUUCCACUAAUCCAUCGGCCAGAGAAGAUUAUAUUUGUAGGUGAUCAGAAUCAGCUUCCAGCAACAUGCUUUGCUCCAAAUGCCUUGACUACGGGGUUCAAUAAAUCAUUGUAUGAGAGGCUCUUAAACCAAGGUGCGAAGCAAAUCAUGCUUUCGGUGCAGUACAGAAUGCAUCCUGAAAUCAGAUCAUUUCCCUCAGACCAAUUCUACGAUUCAAGAAUAACCGAUGGAGAGAACGUCAUCCUCAGAAAGACAGGAAGGAUGGGAAAAUUCGCGAAUAGACUUAUGUUCUAUGACCUCUGUUAUUCUCAAGAAGGAGGGCUUCUUUCAGAUACAUCAGAGAGUAUGUCCAAGUCUAAAAGUAACAGAGAUGAGGCCGAUUUCAUAGUUAAAUUAAUAGCAGAAGUUAUUCUUAUCCUCGGAAGAGAAAGCCCUAACUCUGGAAUUGAUAAAAUCAUUGAUAAGAUAGGCAUCAUAACUCCCUACAAAAAGCAGUCUUGGAUCAUUAAAGAUGCUUUGAGAGCUGACUUGCACAAAAUCCUUAAACUUGGUGAACAUGAAGUUAACAGUGAAAAGAUCAUUGAAGUUAAUACAGUAGAUUCCUUCCAGGGAAGAGAGAAAGAAAUUAUCAUAAUUUCCUGUGUCCGUUCUACUGGAGGCAACGGGACAAUAGGAUUUCUGAAUGACUUCAGAAGGAUGAAUGUUGCUAUAACUAGGGCCAAGAGUUAUCUUUGGAUCGUAGGAAAUGCUGAAACCCUCAAAAUGAACCAUAAUUGGAAAGCCCUAGUCGAACAUUGACAAGACAAAGGAAGAUUUAAAGGAUACAUGAGUAAAUCAGAAGUCCAAAGAGAUGAGAAGAUCCUUUCAAAAUCUCCAGAACAGUAUGCUAAAGAAAGGAAAGAAGAGCUCAAGAGAAUAUCAGAAUUAGCCCCUACUCAAUCUCUACCCUCUUCAGACCAAAUUCCUUUACCAAAGCCCAAAGAUGGUAGCGAAUGUGGCUCUAAAAGGUCAAAAUCUCCUUCACAAGACGAGAAAGAAGAAUCUGCUGAUAAAUCAUCACCUCAUCCUCAGAAGAAAAGAGAUAUCAAGCAUGCUUCAAAACAGGAAUAAUUCAUAAAUUUAUUAAAUUUUCAA